UGGUAAACACAGUCAAUAACCAUUGAAACCCUCGUUGAUCGCACGCCACGUGUCUAUAUCUAAUUGGGUCGUUCAUAGUGAAGGAACAGUAUCGUCACUUUCCUGGAAAUUUCCUUCCGAGAGAGAAAAAGCAAAAACCUGCAACAAAGCCUUAUAACCUCUCUCCCUUCUCUGAUUCUUUUUACUUCUGUGCUUUAGUUUUUCUUUUGAUUCAGCAACAACAAUGGCGAAAUCUGACAUUGAGAGUGGUGGAGUGAUCACUGGUAACGAGCUGUAUCCGAAGAUGACGGAGAGCUCCGAGCUCCGUUGGGCCUUCAUAAGGAAGGUUUACACGAUCUUGUCUCUUCAGGUGAUUCUCACCGUCGGAGUCUCUUCCGUCGUCUUCUUCGUCCGCGAGAUUCCAGAUUUCAUCACGACGACUUAUUACGGACUCGGCGUCUUCUUCGUCUCACUCCUUCUUCCUCUCCUCAUGUUGUGGCCGUUGAUUGCGUUUCAGAAGAAGCAUCCCAUCAACCUCAUCAUCCUAACGCUCUUCACUCUCUCCAUCUCUUUCGCUGUUGGGCUUUGCUGCUCUUUCUCUAAAGGGAGGAUUGUUCUGGAAGCUGCAAUACUCACUGCUACAAUGGUCUUAGGCCUAACAGUCUACACUUUCUGGGCGGUGAAGAGAGGCCAUGACUUCUCCUUCCUUGCGCCAUUCCUCUUCGGUGCUCUCCUUAUCAUCCUCGUCUUCUCUCUGAUUCAGAUAUUCCAUCCUCUCGGGAAGCUAUCGUCGAUGAUAUUUAGCGGUAUAGCUGCAAUCCUGUUCUGUGGCUACAUCGUCUAUGACACGAAUCGGCUUAUCAAAAAGCUCGAGCAGGACGAGUACAUCAGUGCUGCGAUUUCUCUUUAUCUAGAUAUCGUGAAUCUGUUCCUCAACCUACUCGGUAUUGCCACCGUCAACAGUUAGUGUCUUUGUUAAACACAUAUCCUAUCUGCGAAUGUUAAGCUACUUAGAACGUCUCUUAUAUAUAAUGUUAAAGACUUUGUGUUUAAGGUGUUCCUUGUUACUCAAGUAAUCUCCAAAAUAUAAUGGAGAAACCUGCUUAGUACUACACUCAAUGCACUCAAAAAAUGUUUUUUUACAGUAGUAAAAAUUGAUAACUUUAUAAAUAGAUACAAUCUGCUAAAACCGAGUUCUAUUUUUGUAAUGUCG